AUGCAGGCAGUCACUUUACUCACCGGGGAAACGCACGCCAACGGCGCCAGGCUCCCUACCUGGAGCAACUCUCGCUCUACGUCGGGAUUGCCAAUAAUCGCAUGCCGUCCCUCGCCUACGCGUCCCGGAGUACCCUUUCCAAACGCGCGCCACCCACCCACCGUCGGUGGCAAGUUCGAUAAGCGCUGUGCGUCCCUCUCCGCGCGCCCUUGUUCCCGAUGCAGGCCGAAAUACAUCCCUCCUGCAGUGCAACCGCUCAGUGCACUUCCCCGCGAAUCACCAACACGGAAUAACUUGAGGUGUGAAGUUGAGACGUCAGGAGUUGGCAUGUGAAAUUAAUGGCACCAGACUCAUCGCGCACGUCUUCGCACUGACCUCGUGUGUGAAGCAAGGGGUUGCACGCGAAUGGAAUGACACUGUAGCCAAAAUAAGGGUAAUUGUAGUGUUUCUCUUUUUGUAUCGCAACUUGCGUCAACAACAACCGUCUCCAGCCAGAUACUUGGAUACCGGCAGAUACUUAAGAUGCUGGCUGAGCAGCUCCCCCUUGCAAGCUGCCGGCACACAUAAAGGAACUGCGACCUGAUGAAAGGGAAGGUAUGGAUGUAUUCUUUUCUUCAUAAUUCUCCACAUCGCUCGCUCGCUCGCAUUAGCAGCACGCAUCCGUCGGAGACGAUGCCGUCGCGUGUCGGUAAAGUGCUGCGUGCGGGCAAUCAGAAGAUUUUUGAAGAGGACACCGCCGCGUGUCUGAAGCAGAAGACCGGUCACCUCCGUGCGUCCGUCGAAAAGCGAAGUCGGCUCAGUGCGUUCCGAAGGAGACGCUGCCACACAGCGUCACCGGAACAAUAUCAAGCGCCCAUAACAUUAAAAGUUCGCCCUCAGUA